UCCGAGCUCCGCGCGUCUCCGAGGCCGCUGCCCGCAGGAGUGGGCUCGCCUGGUGGGUCACGUGUACCGGCGGGCCUGAGGCGCAAGGAACUUUUCCAGAGAAAACUUUUUCAAGAGAGGCUCCUGGCGGCUGAAAGCGACUGAGCAAAGAGAAGAGAGGAAAAGUGAGCGACGCCAAAGAGAGACGUCAUCAGAGCGCACCGGAAGCUGUCGGACCAUGAAGAGUGUGAUCUACCAUGCCUUUUCUCAGAAAGAGGCAAAGGAGUAUGACUUGCAGCAGCCCGGAGCCCAGCGGGCGGAAGCCUUCGUGAGGGCCUUCCUGAAACGAAGCAUGCCCCACGUGAGCCAGCGAGCCUGUGAGGACCAGCUGCAGCGCAAGGCCGUCGUCCUGGAGUACUUCACUCGCCGGAAGCAAAAGGAAAAGAAGAAGUCCAAAGGCCUAUCUGCCAGGCAGAGGAGAAGCCUAAGGCUGUUUGACAUCAAACCUGAGCAGCAGAGGUACAGCCUUUUCCUCCCUCUGCACAAACUCUGGAAGCAGUACAUCCGGGACCUGUGCAAUGGUCUCAAGCCAGACACGCAGCCACAGAUGAUUCAGGCCAAGCUGCUGAAGGCUGACCUUCAUGGGGCUCUGAUUUCAGUCACAAAGUCCAAGUGCCCCUCCUACGUGGGAGUGACAGGAAUCCUCCUGCAGGAAACCAAGUAUGUUUUCAAGAUCAUCACCAAAGAAGAUCGGCUGAAAGUCAUUCCCAAGCUAAACUGCGUGUUCACUAUAGAAGUGGAUGGUUUUGUUUCCUGCAUUUACGGGAGCAAGUUCCAGCUCCGGUCAAGUGAGCGGUCUGCCAGGAAGUUCAAGGUGAGGGGGACAAUAGACCUGUGAGUGCUUUGCCACUGAGGCGGCCACAUGGCCAGUGAGGACUGCCAACGCCCCAUACCCGCCUUUCAGUGGAGGGCUCUGCUAUAGACCAGGCCCAGCCAGGUGCCUGCAAUGACGUGCGGAGACACACAGCACAUGGUGUGCACAAGUCAGGACUGGAGAAAUUGUCGUUUUAAAUUUCCAGCAAUGCCCAAGAGAAAAGACUGGCAGAAGACAUUAACCCUGGCUGACGUAAAGAGUGUGACUGUUAGCAUGCAUCUUUUCAUACUUUUGCAUUUUCUGAUGUUCUGUGUGAUGAAUCCAUUUUUUAUGUAAUGAUAAAAUAAACUUGUGGGCAUAAACA